UGUGGCCGAAACAGCUCAACCAGAAACGCACCGUGCAUGGAAAAAUGAUUGACAUUUGCCAAAACAAAACAACGGUACUGUAUACGUGUGUGGUGUGCAAGUGUCACGUGACAACAUGUGCCGCGCAACCACAGACGACCUGUUUUCAUUUCCAGUAAUGUGCAGUCCUCUUUUCACCUGACUGAAUAAUUUUUUUAAUUCAAAAAAAUAAUGUGUUUCUCCUUUACAACUUUAAUGUAGAGAAGCUAGACGGCCAAACGGUCUGGCAAGAUUCUGCCCCGGGUUUUUGCUGUUUUUAUUUCUUUUGGUAAGUUGCCAAUCGACAUUCACGCUUUUUCGUGAGUUUGACUUUCUUCGCAUUUAUAAUCGCCUUAAGAUUUAACCCAUUCUCUUGAUAUCUAGUUUCAAAUGUUCCCAUGUGAUUUAGUCACAGUUUCUCUUUGUCGACCACGAGUGCAGACAUUCACGCCCUGUUUCACAUUAAAACACCUGUUAUUAUAUUCGAUUUCAAUUCACCAUCCAAUUGCCGACGGUUUGGCAUGAAUAACCAUUUGUAACGGAUUGUCGGCUGCGCUCUUAAUCGCUUUCACCCCUUAGAAAUUUACUAGUGCAACAACACAUUCUACUAUUGGGACGAAAACAGCUUUGUGAACGUCCAGAUAGAGGAAGAAAGAAAAAAAAAAAACGAAAAUCAUUGCCCAUUUCGGGCAAGUACGUGGUGCUGGCGUCGUGGUAUAAAUACGAGGAAAGAAGAAAGCUGUUUACCGCAGUGCUCAUUGUACUUUAUACGACGCUGGAACGAUUGCGAUUGUUCCACCAGUUUUGAUUUUCUUUCCUCAUUGAAACGUCUUUUUCUAAUUUUUUUAAUGUUUCAAGUCAGUUGCUCCGAUUGAAUAUUUUUGAAUAUUUAUUGAAUAUUGCGACUGAAUUCAACUCAAAUCAGUGAAAGUGAAGUUCGUCAUUUUUGGGUGCGUUUAACAAAAAGCAUUUUGAAAAUGAUGUUGCGGUGGCUGAUUGCGGUGCUCGUAAUGGAACUAUUGUUUGCUGCUGCCAGCAGCCAAACAUAUCCCAGUCGUUAUCCUGUCUAUUCGGAUCAUCUACCGCCUAAACAGUAUCCCGAACGGCCCAUUACACCUGAUUAUCAUCCACCUGCUGCAGGUGUAAGCUAUCACAACCCCUACACUGCCAAUUAUAAACCUGUACUAGUGGAAUAUCCUUCCCCCCAGCAAAAGUACUGUCCAAACAUCGGUGGGUUAGAGUCGCAAUGCCGGCCAGCUAAAGACUGCGCUGUAUGGUACGAUGCUGUUCGUGCCACUGCGGGAACUGCCUGCAUUUUAGAAAAUGGGAAAGGCCAUGGAAUCUGUUGCCCAGACAUUCCCCUCAACGGUCGUCACCGAGCGCCGUUCAAGAAGCCGAACCCGUGCGACGAAGGCAUCGAGUUGGAUCCUCACGUGGAGCAUAUCGAUUUGGUGGCUGUGAACGAAGCUGCUCUCGCCGGCCAAUCGCAGAUGGAAUCGAUGAUGGCAACAGAAAAGCGUUUAGUCCAGAAGAAAAUUGUAGUGAGAAAAGGUUCGGGUAGUUUUACGCACAGCUGGGUUUUCUUUCACUCGACAGCCGAUUCGGUGAAAAUCAGUAAUAGUUCGUUGUACGGAGUUUUCGCUGUUAUGCAACUAUCCCGAAGGUACCGAAUUAAACCAGAACAAAUCGAGUGUGUGGCCAACCGGUUCCAGCUGAGAGACACCAUUCUAUUCGAUACGUGCCCGUCCCACCCCAACUGCGAUGAAAAGACGUUGGCUUCUCCGUUUCGAACGAUGAACGGCUCGUGCAAUAAUGCCCAUCCACCUGGACACACUCCUUGGGGUCUGCCGAAAACUCAAUAUCAACGGGCCCUUGCUCCAGUUUACGCCGACGGUGUGUGGACGCCUCGAUUGGCUAAAGACGGUGGUCAACUCCCUCCUCCGCGUUUGUUGUCUCUGUCCGUCGUUCGCGAUAUCGACGUUCCUAGCGAUUCAGACAGCACUUUUGUGAUGCAGUAUGGACAGUUUAUUGACCACGACAUGUUGGAGACCAUGGAGUCGAAAUCAGCGGAUGGAUUACCAGUGCCCUGUUGCACGGACGACGGCAAUUUUCUUUUGGACGAAGACCUUAGUCAUGGCAAAUGCAUUCCGAUUGAGAUUCCCAAGGACGAUCCAUUCUAUUCCAGAUUUCGCCAACGUUGCAUGCAAUUUGCCAGAUCCGCCCCGUCGUGCAGAACUGACGGCCGUCUCGGUCACGUAGAACAGAUGAACCAAAAUACGCAUUUCCUGGAUCUUUCCGGCUUGUACGGAUCCGAUGAUAAAGUCGCUGCUGAAUUGCGAACAUUUGAGAAAGGUGCAUUGAAAGUGUUAAUACGUCCCCGACAUGCUUAUCAUCAUGACAUGGAUUUGCAUCCGCCCGACAAUGACACUGAUGUCGAUUGUGCCUUGUCCAGAGCCGUGACCGGAAUAGAUUCACCGGAAGAAAUCAAAUGCUUCUUAGCAGGGGACAAUCGAAUUAAUGUCACUCCUUACAUGGUUGCUUCGCAAACUGUGUUUUUGAGGGAGCACAACGGAGUUGCCGAAUUGCUGUCCACUUUGAACCCACACUGGGACGAUGAGCGUCUCUAUCAAGAGGCCAGACGCAUUCUAAUAGCUCAAAUGCAGCACAUCACUUACAACGAAUUUCUGCCAAUUGUUAUUGGUCGGACAAAGAUGCAGGAACUUGGAUUGCUGCCACUUCAGUACGGUUUCAGUCGCGAUUACGAUGAGAACGUGAAUCCGUCCAUUUUGAACGAAUUUGCUGCGGCCGCUUUCCGUUUCGGCCAUUCGCUCGUUCCAGGAAGACAAGACCUCAUCAACCAACGAAGAGUGAAGGAGAGGGACAUCCUAUUACGUCAACAUUUUUUCAAAACGCAAGAGACGUACACACCUGGAAAUCUUGACAAAUUCCUCAUAGCUUUGGCAACUGUACCCGGUCAAAGAGUUGACAAUUUCUUCACCGAAGAGCUUACCAAUCACUUGUUUGAAGAAGAAGGCAAAGGCUUUGGAAUGGAUUUGGUAUCGCUUAACAUUCAACGCGGUCGUGAUCACGGUUUACCUGGCUACAAUGCAUAUCGGGUACUUUGUGGGCUUCCACGCGCAGAAGAGUUUCACGAUCUACUCGAUGUCUUCCCUCCAAGAAUUGUUGAAAAGUUCGAGUUCCUGUACGCCAGUGUGGACGACAUCGACUUGUUUAUUGCUGGGGUUUCGGAACGACCAGCUCCUGGAGCUAUGGUAGGGCCCACGUUUCAGUGUAUUAUCGCCGAUCAGUUUUUGCGAUUGAAACGCGGGGAUCGCUUCUUCUACGAUCUUGUUGGUCAGACCGGGUCAUUCACUGAAGAUCAACUAAAUGAAAUCCGCAAAGCGAGCUACUCGCGUCUGGUGUGUGACAACAGCCAUGUCAAGUCCAUUCAGCCACUCUUCUUCAAAGCCGAGUCUGAAGUCAAUCCGGUGAUGGACUGCGAGUCAUUUGACUCGAUUCCUCGCAUGAAUCUGUAUCCGUGGAAAGAGGUCGACACAGGGGCCAGUCUCUGGAACACGGCCGAGGAUGGUGUCAAGUGGUCGUCGAAUUGCGAUUUUGAAGGUUACAACAUUGGCUCUCCGUUAAGCGUAAUAGACGGAGGCCAAUGUGGCAGAAGAUGCAUUGACACGAGGGGAUGUAACGCGUUUUGGAGCAAAGACGGAUGGUGUUCGUUAAAGGACAUUCCGAAAGGCCUUCGUCAAACGCGUUCUGAGAACAGCAUAUGUGGAUUUCUUCCAUGGAAGCUAUGAUUUUCUUAUCUAUUUAGUUCCCAAUUUUGAAAAAUCCUCGUCUUCAAAGUUUAUUAACAGUUUGCAGGCAAACUUUGAUCAUAUGGAUUUUCAAAAAUGAUUUACUUCAUGCGGGGUAGCAAUCAGUGAUAAUCUUAGUUAUGUAUUUCUUUUUUCAGUAAUUUACCACGUCAGGUGGAAGUAGUAUGUCAUUAAAUGAGUAUUUUUUGAAAUAGUUACAUGUAUUAUUUGUACACUGUUAUUUCAAAAAUAUAAAUUUGUUCAGCCAAAA